ACAAUUUUCUCUCAUCCCCCACUCCGCCUCCUCCUCCCACCACCAUUGUAUCCACUGCACUCCGAUAUCGAUAACAGGAAAUUGUCAGGUAACCAGGGGACUUCAACUAGAAACAUUUUCUUUAAGCAAAUUAGCAUUGUGUGAAUCAGGAUUUUCCAACAUGGAAAAGGUGAUGAGGUUGGUCUCGGAGAAUGGUUUAGUGAUAUUCAGCAAGAGUUCAUGUUGCCUGUGUUAUGCUCUCAAGAUUCUAUUCCAAGAGAUCGGGGUAACACCGACAGUCCACGAGCUCGACCAAGACCCGGAAGGCAGGGAAAUGGAGAGGGCGGUCAUGAGGUUGGGGUGUAACGCUCCGCUUCCGGCCGUCUUCAUCGGCGGAAAACUGGUGGGUUCCACCAAUGAAGUCAUGUCCCUCCAUCUAAGUGGAGGGCUUAUACCUUUGGUCAGGCCCUAUCAGUCUAUCUCAAACUAAGCACACUGAAAAAAAUAUGAAUAAAAUU